UUUCGGCCACCCUGAUAUAGACUGUCAUUGUGAAGAAGUGAAGGAAGUCAACCUGUCUGUCUUCCUUCCUUCUUUCUCUCUUCAAAGGUUGCGUUGUGAUCGAGUCCCCCGAGAGAUAAUAAUGCCCAGGACAAAUCCGUCAUUGAGAUCUGUUUGAGCCAUGGGCGAUGGGGAGUUCUCGGCCACCUCGUGCUCCUCGUCGUCUUCGUCGUCGACCUUGGCCUUUCAGGAUAGUCUGGCCUUUGGUGGCGCGCCCUCCGCCCUCCAUGGCUUGUCUCAUCCCAUCAUGACCACGGCCGAGCCGCAGCUCAGCGACAAAAUCAAAAACAUGGCCCUGCUCACGUUGUUAAACAACAAACGCCAUGGAACGGGCGGCGUGGCCCAUCACGGACCCCCCGUGACCACUCACAACCCCAAUUUGAACAUUUUGAGUCCGGAUCAGUACUCGCACCGCUCCAAUGAAAGCCCGCCCUUGCACUUUUCGGACUCGCCCUCCCCGCCCCCGUGCUCCCCACCCUCCAUAUCCCUGGCCGCCAUCGAUCCCUCGAACCUGUUCUACCGCUCCGUGGAACCGGAUCUAAGUGGGGGUUUCGAAUUAGGCCAUGGGGGCCCGUCCACCUCGGAGAGUUAUCCCGAUGGCUUUCAAUCCGUUCUCACUCACGAGCACAGUGACCCGUUGUUGUCUUCCUCGGCGGCUGGCGACGUGGUCCUGGGUCCCACUUACGCCGUUCCGUCCACGUCCGUUAACAGUGGGUCCAUGGCCCUUUUGGUAAGUACCCAAGAUCCAGGGACCCAGCCGUCCAUGUUGAACGACUACCUAACGACUCAAUCGCCGUCACAUGUGAUGACCACCGCCCCAACGGCCAAUCCACCGGCCCCCAAGCAUGACAAGCUCGUGUUGUUUGGGUGUUUUCGAUGUAAUGUGAACGCCUCACCGGCAGAUUCGGGCGUGAAGCAAUAUGUGAUUCACGUGUUUGACCAAGGCUGCUACUUCACCCCCGGUCCGGAUCCAGAUUAUUCCCUGGUGAUCUCAGUGCAAAAUUCUCCGGUUGUCAAUUGCCUCUACUCGAAGAUCGAUCCCAACCGAGCAUCGCAUGACCAAGUGACGUUGAUCUUCCAGGACCGACGGGUUCUGGCUCCGAAACCCGGGUCCGCAUCGCAAGCCAUUCAAGGGAUCAAAGCGGGCAAGGUGUUCUUCACUCAAGUGACUGCGCUUCAAAGGAUCUUGUUGUUCUUUAAGCGGUCGUAUAAUUUGCCAUGGAUCACAAACGUGAUCCAACUGACCGAAACCGAGAAUCCAAGCGUGGCCUCUCAAGAGGAUUUCCAGAUCUUACACGGCUUGAGUCGUCCUUCAGUGCUCACGAAUGGACACGGCCCUGCUGGCUCUUUAGGCUCACCCUCUUUGUUAGCCGCGUCAUCUUCGGAAACCUUGCAUUUCCAAAGUGGAACCAUCACGCUUCACGCCUCAGGUGGAGACAGUGAGGGCACGUUGUCACAUCAAAGUAGUCGAACCACGCCUCUAGUGUCGGAAAAGGCAGUCUCUGUCCAUACCGGUUCUCCAGCCACUCCCGUAGCUGCCUCGCCCGUGAUGGCCCCUCCAUCGUCUCCUCAUCCGGUAGCUUCCCAAGGGAUCCUUUCUCAAAUGUUGAGGAAUCCACCCAAACCUCGGCAAGCGACUCCUGUGCGUCCUUCCCUCCCUCCACAAGUUCAACCAUCCCCACUCACCUCGCAGCAACCGCAACUCCAAUCACGGGAACAGACAAGUCAUGUGACAGUUGGAUCGCUUACAUCGUCCACCCCGACCACCCCCACUACACCUACGUCUUUGAGUACGCCCAUGAUGACGCCGAGCUCCAUAACUGCCCUUCUCUCAAAAGCCCAACCUGUUCCUCUGGAGUCCCUGGCCAAGAAGCAAACGCCUCCCCAUCCACCUCCUGUAUAUCGAAUGCCCCAGCAAAGCAUUCCCACCACAAAUCCCCCGCCUUAUCAUUCGGUGGUUCGAGCAAGUACGCCUCAGGUUAUGGCCACCACCACGGCCGCACCCACGUUAACCACCAAUGCAGUCCAAGACUCGAUGAGAGUGUCUGCAGACGUUCAAAACGUGUCACGCCAAUACGCAGGCCUCACCCCUGAACAGUCUUCCUUAUGCAUAUCGUGUCAAAAUUGUCCGCUAAAGUUCAAAUACUCGAUUGAGAAUCUCUUCCAUUUUAUAUUAAGCAAUAAGUGCUUACAACAUGUGCUCGGAACACGGCAGGACACGAAACAAGCUUUCUACCCGGCAUUCUUUGAGCUCAUGGCUCAGCGAUGUGGUUUGUCGUCGGAGCAAAUGUUCCAGUGUGAUUCUUGCUUAUCCGUGGUCAAAGGACCCAUGCUCUAUUGCAUCCAUCGGGACCAACACAGACCCGCCAUGGGAGACCUCUUCCCGUGCCAGUUCUGUGGUUUCCUAUUUCGCGCUCCUCACGCAUUCUAUCGGCACGUGUGCAUCCGGAAUCUGGAUCCGAAAUCUUUGCUCAAGCGAUUCGCUGAAGGCCACCUCCAGUCUUCUGCCUUGGGAGGAGGUAGAUUCGACACCUUCAGGAUCUACAGUCUACUCACGCAGGAGGAGAAGACACAGAUCCUCAAGUGCCCAAUUUGUGCCAAAGGGUUUGCUUACUUCUCAGGUCUAGUGGUUCACAUCCGAUCCUCGGGUGCUUGUUUGAAUGGGGUGUUUGAGCAAAACAAGGCUCAAGGUGGACACAACCCGAACACGAACUUGGAUUUGACCAAUCUCCUGCUCACCAAUCACGGCUUGAAUCCUCGACUGAUGGAAUGUGAGUUGUGUGGAACAAAAGUCAAGAACCAAAUUGGGUACGCCAUCCAUCGGGAUCAUCAUUCGCUCCAAGAACAAGGCACGUUGAUUUGCAAGGGCUGCAACCAAGACUUCCAGUCCCCCUGCGAGUUCUAUCGCCACAAUUGUCAAGUGGGUGGUCAAGGACCGUCCUUGUUUUGGUGUCCUUUUUGCGUGAUUUCGCGGCACUGCGAUCAACUCAAAGGGCCCAAAAUCAGUGAACCAAGUGUGAGCCAGAAUGCGUUCCAGCCCGUGCUGGUUUCGUCAAGCUCCAGUUUCAGUUCAGUGCCCAAUUUGCCCAUUUUAACCAGUGCUUCAACUCCUAUGGUUCCCAUUGUUCAGGUGACUGAAUCCACGACGGUUGUGACGCCGGUGAGCACCCCGAAAUUGGAGAUUGUGCCCGUUCAAAAGACAAGUAAAAUCCCACAAGUUAUUUCAAAGACACCAUCCACGCCCCCACCAAUCAAACCUGAGAUAAGAGUAAGUCAAGAUACUCAAUAUACAGAUCCUCUCGAAGAAUGCCUUCAACGGAUUCACGAAGGCCGUCUCCCUUCGGAUGAGUUAACGCCGUCCAACCGGACCCUAACCAGUCAGGAUAUUAAAGGGGCUCUCAUAAAAUUGGAACCGACCCCUCCGAAAGCCAAGCCCCAGUCGUCUCAUUCUCGACCCUCAAAAGACAAGCAACCCUCUCGAAUGAGCUCGAGUUCGUCCUUGGCGACGGUUCCAAGCCUUCCCUCUCCCCCAACUGAAACCAGCACUCUUCCCGCUAAUUUUGAUCUGGUGUUCACUCAAAGCAAUUCCAAGGCUCCAGCAAAGAACGCCCGGAGACCAUCCAAGGGUACGGCUCGCCGGGGUCGGCCCCGAGUCUUAGGUCAAAAUGGCCGAGGCCAUCUAGGUCCAUCUCACAUGGCGAAUGGCCAAGCUCCGCCCAUGGUGGCUCGGAAGAGUAAGCCGCCCCCACCCUCGCCGGAUUUUGUUCUCAGUUUGCCCGAGACGGUCAAUGGUGCUUUUUCAUCCGGCUCGGGGGUCCAUUCGGAAGUUGGCCGUCCCCUGGACAUUCGUCAUGGAUACAUCUGUAUGGACUGUGAUCCACCCAGGAUCCUCCGAAACGCCCAAAGUCUAUCGGAGCACUCGAGUAACCCACUCACGGGACGUCACGUCCAAAUUAGCUCAUUAUUGAAAUACGAUAAUCUCUCGAUACCGAUCAAAGACCUGACAUUGGUGCCUAAAUAUGCGGGUUUUGUGGAGGAAGCCAAGAGACGUCGAACUGACACCCCACCUCCCUCAUUCUCAUCUUCAAAUUUGGAUGGAAAACCCGGACAUUCACGCAAGAACCAAGCCCGUACCGAAACUCAAAUGUAACUUAGUAAAAUGCUCAAAAAUGAACAACCACGAACACCUUGGAUUAGGUGUCAAAUUCUCAUGAAAAUAUCAGAAGAAGAAACGAUCCCAUGAUCCGGCUGCCCCUACAUUGUUGCCAGAAAUCAAACUCUAUAUUUAUAAUGCUGACUUAUUUAUCUUGUCGAUUUGAACGUAUGCACAAAUUUUCAAAGCGUAUUUGUACCCAAAUAAUACCAAUAUCUGACAUUUCGCAAAACUGAUCUGAUCUUUUCAAGAUGUUCGUUACUAGAUAAUCUAUCUUGUACCAUUAUUACUGUGACCAGAAAAUACAGAGUCCGCAUAUUUCUCAAA